UCAGAGGAAAGUCUAGGAAAACAGCUUAUACUUAUUGAUUACACGGUAAGUAUAGUCGUUAAAGAAUCUAAGAAAACAUGUUUUCUUGGAGGCACGUUUAGACUAUUAGCGCCUGCCGUCGACAUUAUAUUUAAAUUUCAUUGAAAAAAAAUAUCAGAAGCUCAUUGAUCAUAAUCAGUGUAUAGAUUCUGGUGUACUAUGAGCCAGUGAGCUUAUAAACCAGCUGGUUCUUGUGGGCACUUUUAAUUUAAUAAGGUUGGCAAGACACAAUCUUGCAACACUUGGUGAGGCACAGAGCAUCAUCAUAAAUAUCUUGAGUGAAGGCAAGGUAAUUAGGGCAAAUUUAAGGGUUACUUACACAAUUGUAUAUAAAGUACACCUACCAAUAAUAUUCGAUAUUUGAAUGUAGACCUUCAUCUUCAAAUUUUGUAGACAACGUAGCAUCAAAAGUCAAGAGAGGAUUCAAGGCAAGUAAAUUAAAUUUUAAUGAAAGAAAUUACUCGUUGUGCAACACCUACAUAAUUUAGUUGCAAGUUUAACUCUAAUUGUCUGAUUUUAGGCCAAGAUUAUGCAAACUAAAGUAUUUUUUCUUCACCUUAAGCCUGAUAUUUUGAUGCUGAACAUACAUGUAGCUGUAAUAACUUCCUCAUGUAUUUUUUGUCAUUUUAUAUUUUUUAAGUUGUUACAAACUGAAAUAAUUUUCAUUCUGAGUUGGCAUAGGUACAAAUGCCAGCUGCCUCAUUAGUAGUUGAAAGUUAAGUUGAUAUAAUUGUAUUGCAUGGUUUUUAAGAUGGAGUAAACCAAUAAAAAUAUUGAUAACAUUUGUAGAGUAAUAUUUAAAUGUCAAUAAUAAUCAUCAUAAUGUUUUACGAUAAGUUUUUUCCUGUUAAAUUAAACAGAGGUGUACUAACUGUGGCAAACAACAGCGAGCUGCUGUGAAGAAGUGUUCUGAAUGUAGAACAAUUUUUGUGAAGCCCAAAAAAGACCUGGAAAAGCUACGGAAAAAGAAAGGAAAAAGUAACAUUACCAAACAAAAGCGCCUUAUGGAAGCGCGAGUAAGUGAAUCUUUUUUUAGUCAGAUUUUCAUAUACCUUGUUUUAAAUAAUUAAUUAAUUAAGUGAUUUUUUAAAAUAAGGGAUAAGUAAAGUGCAUUGUUGUUGUUGAUUAUUGGUUGUUGAGUACUGGUGCUGCAAAUUGUCAGUUAUUCUCUCAGGCUAAAUUAGACAUCUUUUUAUAUUAUUGUUGUUAUUAGGCAAAACUCUAAUUAUUUUCAUACUGUCAGGGGUGACUAGCACAGCAGAACUCAACACAUCCAAGGCAACUGGGAUGAGAGUGAAUACUACACAUUGUGUCUCGUGACAGUUUUUUGUACAUUUAGUGGAAUAAAAUUAAUGAAGGAUUAACUGAAAUUGUUGGAUCAAAAUAAAUAUUAAGUUUUUUUUGUUUAAUCUUGCCUUUCAAUGACCAUCUUUUUUUUAAUGUUUUAUCAUUUUUUUAAACUUGCAAUAUAAUGUCCACUGGUUGAUUUUACAGGCUGAUAUUUUACAGUGUGCACAUGCUUGUGAUGUAGUUAUUCUAAUGCAUCACAAGCAUGGUCUAGGAGAAACAGUGACUUGCUAUGGAACAGAAGGGGCAGGGGUUUCAUUCAUUGGGAAUAAGAUGGAUGUAAAAAGAUCAGAAGGAGGCGAAAUGGCUUUAAUGCUGUUUAAGAAAUUUAUGCAAGGUAAAUUUUAUAGUAUAACACUUGUGGCUGCUAUGUCAAAAAACUGGAGAUCAUGA